AUCAUAUCCAAUUACCAGACAUCAACAUGAAGUACUCCUGUGUUCUGCUCCUCUUGGCCACCGUCGCCUGUUUCCUGGUGAGCCUGUCCAGUGCCAGUACCACGACCACGACCACGACAGAUGCCACCACCACUACGACCACCGCCUCGUCCUCGGACACCACUACCACGACUGCCUCGUCCUCGGACACCACGACCACCACGGAAGCGUCCUCUUCCAAGAAGAAGAAGCACACGAUCCACUACAAGCGCAAGGUGCACCGCCCCAAGAAGGUCAAGAAGAUCCACAGGAAGAAGAACCGCAGCGGUUAAGGAUCUUAGAUACCC